UCGUAAGGCAACAUUUAAUGACAAAAUGUCACUCUCAUCUGGUUUGCCUUUGCUAACUAUAAGUGUGUCUUUUUAUUUUUGGAUUAUUUAGCGUUUGUUCAUUAAUUAAAAUUGUGGAUUGCAAAUUUUGCACCCUGGAAUUUAAUAAAAUUAACUUAAGAUGUCGGUAAUGGAAUUUUUGAAAGACUUGCCCUCGUACGACGUGCAUAAUUUUACAUUAUUCAACACCGACCAUGGUAUAAGGAAUUGUUCAAAAAGACCUUCAAUAUAUCUUCCCACCAAGGAUAUUCCUUCUGAACAAAUUAUUGUAACAGAAAAAACAAACAUAUUACUAAGAUAUCUACAUCAGCAAUGGGAGAAAAAGAAUAAUACUUCUCCAAAGAAACGUGAUCAAAGCCAUAUAGAACAAAAUGGAGAUGAAAGUCGACCUCGUAAAAGGCCAUGUUUAAACUCACCUCUAAAUUGAUACUGUUCAAGAAUCAUUUAAUUUGUGCUUCAAAUACAGACUAUGAACUAUGUAACGGUUUUGUAUUAAAAUUUGUAAACCACAUUUUUAGGUUAAAUUAUACAUUGAUUCUCAAACACACUGGUUCAAUGUUUAUUAGAAAGUAUUCUGCCAUUUGAUUGUCUUCUCUUCAUGCAAAACGUUGUACAUGCUACAUUUUAAUUUUCAUUCCAUACUAUUUUCUAGUUACUAUCUUUGUUUAUGAGGAAAUGACAUAAAUGACCCUUAAAAAUGAAAAUUAUUUUAUUUGUAAAGCUAAUUUAAGUGUGCAUACUAUUGAUGAAAAUGUGUGCAGUAUAUGAAUGCACAUGGUACAAGGUUAUAUCUCUUUCCAAGUCAGGAAAUGAAAUAUUUAGAAUGUAUGAUAAACAGCUAAAAUGUAGCUACGAAAUUUAUUUGUAGAUGAUUGUAUCAAACUAAAUUUCUAGUAGGGGUGAUGAUUCUGUUUAUAGUUUGGUGUUGUAUGCUAUAUUUCUUUUGUUUUAAGCUCAAACUAGAUAAUUUUUCAAAACCUUACAUCAUGUUUAUUUGGAAAGUUUCACAUAUUUUGAUUUUUUUUUAAAUAAUUUUUAAUAACUUCUUGCACUGACUUUUCUAGAUUUAUUUGUAUGCAAUCUCUAAUUUGUUAGGAAUUAUAUUGCUAUCUUCACUUCACUUCAUAUGCGUAAGUUAUUAAGUAGCAAGUAUUUUAGGUCUGUUUGAUUGGCAAUGGCUGUUUUAAUAAAUGAUCAUACUAUGAUGUUUAUUCAAUCAACCUGCUAUAAAUAAAUCGUCUAGUUUUUGCUGUUAUCAUGUUUUGAUAAUAGAGGUAAUUAGUGGUUUUAUGGCUGCUAGGCAUGACACAUGCCUUAUUUGUCUUUGUCAUAUAGCCUAUUAAAUUAUUUGGACUUAACACAAUCAAAUUUAAUAUACAUAUUUCAUCAAAUAUUUCACAGAACAGUAGGGAAACUAAACAAUAGCUGUAAUUAUUAUUUGAACAAAUUUAAUAUUCUAUAUGGUGAUAAUAUUUUCAGAUUUAAGUAAUUGAUACUGUCGAUUUUUAAAAUAUCAGCAGCCAAAUUUUUUGUGUUCAAACAUUAGUUAAAUCCACAAUAGUUUAUUAUAUAAGUUAUUUUUUUACUAAUUAUGUUUUAAUUAGUGAUCAGGAUUCUUGUAGUAAAACAAGCAAUAAGGUAUAAGAUAUAAAUUAAGAUACAUUUUAUAGCAUCAGAUAAAAUUAUUUUUUAUCUUUUUCAUAAUUUAACAAGAACUUGUCCUGUAGUGCUGAUUUUAGAAUUCCAUAACAUGUAUGACACAAUACUGAUAAAUAUAUUUAAUAUAUAAU